AUGCUCUUCAUGCUUUGGAAUGCCUUUCAACUGUCACAUCACACUUACCGUAACCGUAAUUUCACUCAAGGAAGCCGUACCAGACCACUGGUACAAAGUCCCCGAAGCACCACCUCACAGCUGCUAAUACACCUGAGCUGGACACUCACACGCACUUGGAACCCCGAGCUUCCUCGAAUCCGGCCAAGUCUCCGAUUAAUCUGCACCCACAGUUACACUGCGAUCUCAGAAUGGCUAAAAACCGCAACCCUCGCCGUGGUACGAAGAACACGCGGUUCCUCGCCUCCCGGCACCGAGCCAUCUCAGCCCAUCUUCAUCACUGAGCCUUCCCCGUCGUCUUCCGCAUCAUCUCCCUCACAGCCACACCCAGGCCCAUGCCGUAACGAUAGCGCCCUUGACGCUUCAAAUUCGUCCACGAGCUCCUCGCAGUCUCCAGCCAAGUCGACCACCAGCGAACAAAUCGACAGAAUCAUCGCCUCGGUACAAGCUAUGAAGCAGGAGACCUACAAUCUGAUCGAGACAAAGAAGGCCGACCUCCGAGCUCUUGCGGAGUCUAAGAAAGACCCCGAAGCCCUGGAAGAGUCUAAGAAGACCACCGACAUCCCCUCACAUACCACUACCACAACCACCGCUUCCGAAACGGGGAUUGAAACCACAGCCACGCCAUCUCUCGCAACCCUCGACGGGAAGUGUGUUCUCAGACCCGGAGAUUCCACUCACCACCUCCCCGCAACGCUCAGCGCCCCCAUAACGCCCGUGACCCCGACCUUCUCCGUGGCCCACACGUCUCCAGCGUCCAGCCAGUCUUCGCCGCGCAGCAGCGUCGCCCAGGUACAUGGAGACGAGGAGGAGACGGGGCCGUGGACGUAUACUGUGCCACGUGCUAGGGUCUCCACGCACGGGAAUCGGACGAUUCGGCGGCUGGGGGCUAGUGUGAUGUUCGCUUUGUUUGACCAGAGAGAAUAG